AUGUCUUUCGAUAGAAUCAGAAAGAGCUUCAAAUCCUUUCUAGGUUUUAAUACUAGUCCUUAAAUUGAACAUUCCUCUCAUGUAUCCAUAUCUAUUCCUCAAGAAUACAACUCCUCAAAUUCUUAAUGCAUUAUCAAUAAUAAAUUUGUUUAAAUUGAAAAAAAGGAACAACGUAUCAAUCCUUACAAAAGAUCCAUUGACCGCCUUAAUGAUUAUUAUAAAAAUAUAGUCAAAGGAACUGAUUUCUCUAAAUGCCCUACAAUCUAAUAUUCAAAUAAUCAAGAUGAAGUAAUAUUGCUCUCUAUUAACUUUCAAGAAACCUGUUAUUGAUCACAAAAUUAAUAACCCUAGAUGGAAGAGAGAAGAAUUUUCAUAAAAUUGCUCCUCUCAAAGUUAAAGAUACAAUUCAAAUUAUGAAAUACCUAAUCCUAGUUUUUUUUAAAUUCCAUCAAAAACAACUAAAAAUUAAGCUUAUGAUUCUUAAAUCCUUUCAUAAUCAAGAGAAAAAUAAGCAUCCAUAAACUUUUAAAAAAAACAAUUUCUUUCCUAUUUGGAAGAUAAACCUAUCCAAUUUAAAGAAUUCAACGAGAACCCUACAAUUGAAGAAAAAAAAAAAAAAUCGUCAUAAAUCUCAAUCAGAAGAGCAGAGAGCAUCUCAUUAGAUGACUUAGAUAAUCCUAUUGUUGAUAAAGGAAGACAGACUAUCCAAAAACCAGAAAACAAUAAAAACCAAUAUGAUGAAGACAAUUUAAAUACAUCUGAAUCUAUAAUUAUAAAAAAAUAGCCAAUAUCAAAAUUUAAUAAGUUAAAUAAAUAAGAACCAGAGUACAAUCCCUAUAUACCAUUAAUAGAAACUAAACCAAUUUCGCCUACCUCCUUUCAAAAUAAAGAAGAAUAAUUAAAGUUACCAAACAAAUAAUAAUCAGAUAAAAUUAUUAAGAUUCCAGAUGAAUAAAUAAAGUAAGUUUAACUAUAACCACCAUCAAUUCAAACAAAUUAAGAACAAUCUGAUAUGAUCAAAUAAGACCCUAUUAUUUAAUAAAAAAUAGAACCAUAAAUAUAACAGCCAGCUAUUGAAGUUAAUCCCUUUACUUCUAAUAUUGAAAAUCCACUCUUUAAUGCUCCUUGGCUUACUAAUCAGCAACCUAUACAAAAUUAAAAUUAAUCAACAUUUAAUCUAUUUUAAUCAUAACCAUUAUAAAAUGAGUUUUAGCCUCCUUUCAUUUAGUAACAAUAAUAAGCUGUCUUUCCAUUUUAGAAUUAGACAUAAUCAUAAUAAUAACAAAAUGCAUUUUCAAAUGAGAAUAAUUUUUUUUCUUAGUAAGUAUAACCAGCUUCAAAUUAAUUUAUUACAAAUUAAAUGAGUUAAAACUUUUUUAAUUAACCCAAUCAAUUUUAAUCCUAAUCACCAUUUUAACAAAACCAAUCAUUUUAAUAAAGUUAAUAAUCCUAUAAAAAUGAAAUUUAUGGAUUUAACUAAUAAAAUAAUAAAACUUUAAAUGAUAUUAGUAAUAAUAAUAACAAUAAUAAUAAUAAUAAUUUUUUAUUUUAAACCAAUUCUUUGGGUGGAGGUUCAUUUUCAGCUGAUGAUUAAAAUAAACCUCGCACUAUUGAUUUAUUUUCAGCCUAGCCAGUUUAGAAUUCAUAAAGCUCUAUAAUGAAUUAAAGUUAGGCAGUUAAUUUAUUUUCUUUAGAUUAAAAUACUUCUGCAUAGUAACAAACAAAUAAAGAAUCUGAUAGAUAUAAAAACAAAUUUAAAUAAAAUACUGUUAAAAAUUAUGUUGGUACAAAAAGAUUAGAAUGA